UUGAAGUGUCAAAGCACAGUACUGCCUUUAUUGUCCAUAAAGGGCAAAAAAAUUGCAAAGAACGAAUAAAAACUGUAUAUGUAUGGAUAGCACAGAUGCCUCUGAACAUUUUGAGUGUUUGAAAUUUAAGUUAAUUUACAUUUUUCAAAGGCGGUCAUGAAUGCCUGUCAAGUUUAACGGAGGCCUCUCGAGUUGAAUGGAAGGAAGCACCAUCUAGUGGAGGCAUUAUAGACAGCGCCUUUUAAUGCGAAGCGUCCUAUUUAAGAUAUCCUUUAUUUGUCCCGCAAUGGGGAAAUUUACAGUCAGUUUUCAGAAAGGAAACCACAAGGUAGGGAGAGGUAUGAGGCGCACCAUUCAUUGAAGGUGCGCACCAUUCAUUGAAGGUGCGCCUCAUAACCCAGUGCGUCUUUCAGUGCGGAAAAUACUGUGUGUGUGUGUGUGUGUGUGUGUGUGUGUGUGUGUGUGUGUGUGUGUGUGUGUGUGUGUGUGUGUGUGUGUGUGUGUGUGCGUUUGUAUUCAUGACAUCUCAGGACAAUUUUAUGAUAACACACCUUCACAAUGAGGACCUGUGGAAAAAUGAGGACAUUUUUCGCGUCCUCAUAUUUCCACGCAGUCUACACUACUCUAGAGCUCACGAGGAUACUCCCACACCAAAAAUAAGUGAUGUCCUGAAAGAGCACAAUUUUCAGAAAUUGUGUGUUUAAGUGUGUUUAACUUUCGACUCACUUUUCAUUUGGAAAACUAGUGGCCAACUUCGGUACUUAACACACUUUUAACACACUUUCAGUGACGUCAUUGUGCAGGACCUCAAAUGUCAUCUUUUUCGGACUGACUCACACAUUUUCCCCGCCCUCGUCCUGAUAAGUCACAUCAAUUAGCAGUCACACAAAAUCCAACAUGUGAAGCAGCCAGACAAUCCUACUCUCAAACACGACCACGCGUGGAUGACCAUCGGGUAAGCAAUUCCUUUUCAUUUAUCUUACCGUAACAUAGAAGUUGUUCAAUAUAACCGUGUUUAACAGUGCCCACCAAAGGUAAUAUCAUUCAAUAAGACAGCUAGCUAGCUAGCUAGCUCGAUCGUUAGCAUGCUAAUAAGCUUCCAGUAAAAGUAAUGUGGACAUGUCCUGCAGGCAAGGUUCUGGAAAACUUUUCUAAAUCUUUAACAACACAGUCUGUGGAACUUGGUUUUGGUACCAUAUGUUUAUUUCAGUGCAGUAUUUGUUUUAUUCGAUUGCAGUUAAUUUAAAUUAGUUAGUACAGGUAGCCUAAUGAAAGUGGGCCAGGCACUUCUAGCAUUUACGCUAAGCCCGGUGUAUUUACACUGUUUAUUCUUGUGCUGAUUCAAUUGUACACCGUUUCAAUGAAAAAAACAAACAAACGUUUGCAAUGAAAUUAUAGCAGAAUUCAGCUUUGUUGGUACAUUUGGUCAAGACAAUAUUGUGUUACUCUAUUUUAAUUUUACAUUGUUAUCUGCCUGACAAAUGGUUUGCCCGAAUCUAUUAGUCUGACCAGCAAAUGUUUGAUGAAAUGAAUUUUUGUAUUUUUGAGGAAGAAAAUAAUAUUCCUUUGGCUCAGUACUUUUUGAGCCAAAAUAAGUGCUGCCAUAAUAUUGUGCUUGCUUGUCUGGCUGACUUCUUCUCACUUUCCAUUGUAGAUGUUUACUGGUGGUGAUAAUGUCACAAAGAAGAACCAGACUGAGCCCUGAAUCUGAGGCUGCUCCUUUUAUCUGGAGUCAACAAGCCUUGUUUGAAAGCCCAGUGGAUCAAUGAUUAUAAAGACACCAAGUGACGGGAUCUUGACUGAACCUUCUGGAGACCAAGAAGGGAGUGAGAGAUCCACUUCAUCCUUACAACAGACACCAAGUGUUCCGAUCCUGAUGAAACCUUUUGAAGAUCAAGAAAGGAGUGGAAGAUCCACUUCUUCCUUACAACAGACACCAAGUGACCUGACUGAACCCUCUGGAGACCAUGAAUGGAAUGAGAGAUCCACUUCAUUCUUACAACAGACACCGAGUGACCUGACUGAACCCUCUGGAGACCAUGAAUGGAAUGAUAGAUACACUUCAUCCUUACAACAGACACCAAGUGUUCCGAUCCUGAUGAAACCUUUUGAAGAUCAAGAAAGGAGUGGAAGAUCCACUUCUUCCUUACAACAGACACCAAGUGACCUGACUGAACCCUCUGGAGACCAUGAAUGGAAUGAGAGAUAAAUUCUCAAAAUUCUCAAAUUUUCAAAAUUCUCAUUAUUUCCUGGAAUAUCUUAUUUUGAUUAUUUUAUUUUUCCAUUUUUAAUAAAUAAUUCCUUCUUUUACAGGUGGGAAUAAGAGACGCACGUGGACAGAUUAUGAAGUGAAGGCUGUUGAGCGACAUAUGUUUGAUUUCAUAACAAGCCAUAAAGUUUCAGGUAAAACGAGCUGUGAGUCCUGUUUCCACGCAGAGCCAGCAGCUCUGAACGACAGAGGCUGGGUGUCCAUCAAAAACUACAUCCACAACAGGAUAUAACUGCAUUAAAAAGGGAAAUGAAUGGCUAGUCCAUUGAAAUGCGAGCACGUCUGGGUACAUUUCAGUUCAAGUUAACUAAAGCAAUAGCAAUGGUGCAUUUAGGGUGGGAUGGUCAAUUAUGGAUUUCAUAUUUGUUGUUGGAUACUGUGUUUCACGUUUGUUGUUUCAUGAUCUUCAAGAGCAAUUUGGAAAAUCCUUGAAGAUUUGUACAUGUAAAUUAUACUGUAUAUCAGGCAUGUUCCGAUCUGGGCCUGGAGAGCCACUGUCGUGCCUGUUUUCCAGCUCUCCCGGCUGCAUCACACCUGUUUCAGAUGAUCAGUUCAUCAGUCAGCUCUGAUGCAGCAUUAGAACAUCCUGGGAGAGCUGGAAAAUAAAAAGACAGCGGCCCUUGAGGACCGACCUUGGACACUCCUGCUGUAUAUAAACGUACGUACGAUAUACAAACUUCUCACAAAAGAUAGGCUUAUUAGGUUUGAGGCGAUAUUUUGGAAAAACCCUAAAACAUUUGAAUUCAUCCUAUUUCAAGAAUUUCAAUACUUUUUGAAAAGUUGCUUUUGUCUAACGGUAGCUAAAGAAGUUGCUACACACAUGGCACAAUAUAUGGCCAGAUUCAUUAAAAAUUCUUCAUCGCAGUAUUCACAUUUUGACAUAAUCUUCUUCAGUUCAAACAACCCUCAUCUAUUGCAGUGCUUUGUGUCAUGGAGAGGAGGUGGCAUGUUUUCUGUGUUCAUAAUUUCAUAUUGUCAGCAAUUAAAAAAUAAGAAAGUGGACUGACCACAUAUUUAACCAUCUCUUCUUCUUCACAGCUUAUUUUACUAUCUUGUAUUAUUAAUGUGAAUAUUUGAGGGAUGACGGGUAUAACGACUGUUUGGCACAUUCGCCUCACAGUUCAGCAAUUGAUAUUUGAAUGUUUGAAUCUGGGCAUCCUUCCUUUGUAGAGUUCUCCCCAUGCCUGAGCAUCACAAUUGGACACAUGUGCCUAACAUAUACUGUUGGUAUGUAACAUGAGUCAAUUUAAAAAUACACACUUUACUCUUAGCUGGUCUUCAUAAGUCAUAUAUACUUGAAAAUGAUGUGUAUCCAGGGGGCUCAAAAUUCACAAAAACAUGAAAUGGUAGUGUGUUUGAGGUGACUGUCUCCAUAAUACACAAAAACCUGUCAAUGUCCUCAUAUGUAGUAGUUUUGUCAUAAAUCAAAAAAAAAUUACGCCCUAGCCAAAAUCUGAGUAGAUGGCUGUCUUCCUGAUUUUUUUUCAUGGUUACCAUAUUUUUUUGGAGCCUGUAGGACCACGGGAAAGGCAUGUACCCAUAUGUCGGGUGAACAAACGGACGUCCUGAAAAUGCACCAAAACACGUAUGUGUGUGUGUGUGUGUGUGUGUGUGUGUGUGUGUGUGUGUGUGUGUGUGUGUGUGUGUGUGUGUGUGUGUGUGUGUGUGUGUGUGUGUGUGUGUGUGUGUGUGUGUGUGUGUGUGUGUGUGUGUGUGUGUGUGUGGGUGUGUGUGUGUGUGUGUGUGUGUGUGUGUGUGUGUGUGUGUGUG